AUGACCCGUAGCCCCGCUAACUUUGAAACUCUGGCCACAAGUCUUGUGAUUCCGACAAGCUGUGUUCCACCAUGCCAGAAUGGAGGGAUGUGUCUCCGGCCUCAACUCUGUGUGUGUAAACCGGGGACCAAGGGCAAAGCCUGUGAGACAGCAGCUGCCCAGGACACCUCAUCCCCAGGCUUUGGAGGGCAGAGUCUUGCGGCUGCUUCCUCCUGGGUCCCUCCUGAGCAAGCAGCAAAGCACACUUCGUCUAAGAAGGCAGACACUCUUCCAAGAAUCAGUCCUGUGGCCCAGAUGACCUUGACCCUCAAGCCGAAGCCUUCCGUAGGACUGUCCCAGCAGAUUCAUUCUCAAGUGACACCACUUUCCUCACAGAAUGUGAUGAUACAUCAUGGCCAGACCCAGGAGUAUGUGCUGAAGCCCAAGUACUUUGCGGCCCAGAAGGUGAUCUCGGGAGAGCAGUCCACUGAAGGUUCGUUCCCUUUGACAUUCAAGCAGGGUCAAGUUAUGGCGCCUUUUCAGUUAAUUUGCCAUCUUCCAUGUAUGAAUGGUGGCCAGUGCAGUUCAAGAGACAAAUGCCAGUGCCCUCCAAAUUUCACAGGGAAGCUUUGUCAGAUCCCGGUCCAUGGUGCCAGUGUGCCUAAACUUUACCAGCAUUCUCCGCAGUCAGGCAAGGCAUUGGGAACGCACGUCGUCCACUCUACACAUACCUUGCCUCUGACCAUGACUAGCCAGCAAGGAGUCAAAGUGAAAUUUCCUCCCAACAUAGUCAAUAUCCAUGUGAAACACCCUCCGGAGGCUUCAGUUCAGAUACAUCAGGUUUCAAGAAUUGAUGGCCCAACAGGCCAGAAGACAAAAGAAGCUCAAGCGGGCCAAUCCCAAAUCUCUUACCAAGGGCUUCCCGUCCAGAAGACCCAGACCGUACAUUCCACGUACUCUCACCAGCAGGUCAUUCCCCACGUCUACCCUGUGGCUGCUAAGACGCAGCUUGGCCGGUGCUUCCAGGAAACCAUUGGGUCACAGUGUGGCAAGGCGCUCCCUGGCCUUUCGAAGCAGGAGGAUUGCUGUGGAACUGUGGGUACCUCGUGGGGCUUUAAUAAAUGCCAGAAAUGCCCCAAGAAGCCGUCGUAUCAUGGAUAUAACCAAAUGAUGGAAUGUCUGCAAGGUUAUAAGCGGGUCAACAACACCUUUUGUCAAGAUAUUAAUGAAUGCCAGCUACAGGGUGUGUGCCCUAAUGGUGAGUGUUUGAAUACCAUGGGCAGCUAUAGAUGUACCUGCAAAAUGGGAUUUGGCCCGGAUCCUACCUUUUCAAGUUGUGUUCCGGAUACCCCUGUGAUCUCUGAAGAGAAAGGGCCCUGUUACCGACUUGUCAGUUCCGGAAGGCAGUGUAUGCACCCUCUGUCUGUUCACCUCACCAAGCAGCUCUGCUGUUGUAGUGUGGGAAAAGCCUGGGGCCCACACUGUGAGAAAUGUCCCCUUCCAGGCACAGCUGCUUUUAAGGAAAUCUGUCCUGGUGGAAUGGGUUAUACGGUUUCUGGCGUUCAUAGACGCAGGCCAAUCCAUCACCAUGUAGGUAAAGGACCUGUAUUUGUCAAGCCAAAGAACACUCAACCUGUUGCUAAAAGUACUCAUCCUCCACCUCUCCCAGCCAAGGAAGAGCCAGUGGAGGCCCUGACCUUCUCCCGGGAACACGGGCCAGGAGUGGCGGAGCCAGAAGUGGCAACUGCACCCCCUGAGAAGGAAAUACCUUCAUUGGAUCAAGAGAAAACCAAACUUGAGCCUGGUCAACCCCAGCUCUCUCCAGGCAUCUCAACGAUUCACCUGCAUCCACAGUUUCCAGUGGUGAUUGAAAAAACAUCACCUCCUGUGCCUGUGGAAGUAGCUCCUGAGGCUUCUACAUCAAGUGCCAGCCAAGUGAUUGCACCUACUCAAGUAACGGAAAUCAAUGAAUGUACUGUGAACCCUGACAUCUGUGGAGCAGGACACUGCAUUAACCUGCCUGUGAGGUAUACGUGUAUAUGCUAUGAGGGCUACAAGUUCAGUGAGCAACAGAGGAAAUGUGUUGAUAUUGAUGAAUGCACUCAGGUCCAACAGCUCUGUUCCCAGGGACGUUGUGAAAACACCGAGGGAAGUUUCUUGUGUAUUUGCCCAGCAGGAUUUAUGGCCAGUGAGGAGGGUCCUAACUGCAUAGAUGUUGACGAGUGCCUGAGGCCAGAUGUGUGUGGGGAAGGACACUGCAUCAAUACCGUGGGGGCCUUCCGGUGUGAAUACUGCGACAGCGGGUACCGCAUGACCCGGGGCGGCCGUUGUGAGGAUAUUGAUGAAUGUUUAACUCCAAGCACUUGUCCAGAUGAGCAGUGCGUGAAUUCUCCUGGAUCUUACCAGUGUGUUCCCUGCACAGAAGGGUUCCGAGGCUGGAAUGGGCAAUGUCUUGAUGUGGAUGAGUGUCUGGACCCACAGAUCUGCACAAAUGGUACUUGCUCGAACCUCGAAGGCUCCUAUAUGUGUUCAUGCCACAAGGGCUACAGCCCAACCCCAGACCACAAGCACUGUAAAGAUACUGACGAGUGUCAGCAGGGGAAUCUGUGCAUAAACGGGCAGUGCAAGAACACUGAGGGCUCCUUCCAGUGUACCUGUGGGCAGGGCUACCAGCUGUCAGCAGCAAAAGACCAGUGUGAAGAUAUUGAUGAAUGUCAGCAUCAUCAUCUCUGCAGUAAUGGACAGUGCAGGAACACAGAGGGCUCCUUCCUCUGUGUUUGUGACCAGGGUUACAGAGCAUCCACCCUUGGAGACCACUGUGAAGAUAUCAAUGAAUGCUUGGAGGACAAGAGUGUUUGCCAAGGAGGAGACUGCAUUAACACCGAAGGGUCCUAUGAUUGUACGUGUCCAGAUGGAUUCCAGCUAAAUGACAAUAAAGGAUGUCAAGAUAUUAAUGAAUGUGAACAGCCUGGACUCUGUGAUCCUCAUGGAGAGUGUCUAAACACAGAUGGUUCUUUUCACUGUGUCUGCGAACAGGGUUUCUCAAUUUCAGCAGAUGGCCGUACAUGUGAAGAUAUUGAUGAAUGUGUAAACAACACUGUUUGUGACAGUCACGGGUUUUGUGACAAUACGGCUGGCUCCUUCCGCUGCCUCUGUUAUCAGGGCUUUCAGGCCCCACAGGAUGGGCAAGGGUGUGUGGAUGUGAACGAAUGCGAGCUGCUCAGUGGGGUAUGUGGUGAAGCCUUCUGUGAAAAUGUGGAAGGGUCCUUCCUUUGUGUGUGUGCUGAUGAAAACCAGGAAUACAGCCCCAUGACCGGGGAGUGUCGCUCCCGGGCCUCGGGAGAACUUGACUUAGAUGAUGAUCAACCCAAAGAAGAAAAGAAAGAAUGCUACUAUAAUCUAAACGAUGCCAGCCUCUGCGAUAAUGUGCUGGCCCCCAAUGUCACCAAACAAGAGUGCUGCUGUACCUCCGGUGCCGGCUGGGGAGACAACUGUGAGAUCUUCCCUUGCCCUGUCGUGGGGACUGCUGAAUUCGCUGAAAUGUGUCCUAGAGGGAAAGGCUUUGUCCCCACUGGAGAAUCCUCUUAUGAUGCUGGUGAUGAGAACUAUAAAGAUGCAGAUGAAUGCCUGCUCUUUGGGCAAGAAAUCUGCAAAAAUGGCUUCUGUCUGAACACGCAGCCUGGUUAUGAAUGCUACUGUAAGCAGGGGACAUACUAUGAUCCCGUCAAAUUGCAGUGCUUUGAUCUGGAUGAAUGUCAGGACCCCAAUAGUUGUAUUGAUGGCCAAUGUGUUAAUACAGAAGGCUCUUAUAACUGCUUCUGUACCCAUCCAAUGGUCCUGGAUGCUUCAGAAAAAAGAUGUAUACGACCAACUGAAUCACAUGAACAAAUAGAAGAAACUGAUGUCUACCAAGAUCUGUGCUGGGAACAUCUGAGUGAUGAGUAUGUGUGUAGCCGGCCUCUUGUUGGCAAGCAGACAACUUACACUGAAUGCUGCUGUUUGUAUGGAGAGGCCUGGGGUAUGCAGUGUGCCCUCUGCCCCAUGAAGGAUUCAGAUGACUAUGCCCAGCUGUGUAACAUCCCCGUCACGGGACGCCGGCGGCCAUAUGGACGGGAUGCCUUGGUUGACUUCAGCGAACAGUAUGCUCCAGAAGCUGAUCCCUAUUUUAUUCAGGACCGUUUUUUAAAUAGCUUCGAGGAGUUGCAGGCUGAAGAAUGUGGCAUCCUCAAUGGAUGUGAGAAUGGCCGCUGUGUGAGGGUGCAGGAAGGUUAUACCUGUGACUGUUUUGAUGGGUAUCACUUGGAUAUGGCCAAGAUGACCUGUGUUGAUGUAAACGAAUGUGAUGAGUUGAACAACCGGAUGUCUCUCUGCAAGAAUGCCAAGUGCAUCAACACCGAGGGCUCCUACAAGUGUGUGUGUCUGCCUGGCUACGUGCCUUCGGACAAGCCCAACUACUGCACGCCAUUGAGUACCGCCUUGAAUUUAGAAAAAGACAGCGACCUGGAGUAAAAGAGGAUCUACAUAACCUAAGCCCGUAUACUCUGCACUGUGUAAAGGAAAAGAGAGAAAUGUA